AUGCAAAAAGUAAUAAAUAUGCAAAAGCGCAGAGCAACGACAGAGCUGACACGAGAAGGCGAAGUGAUCCCUCAAUACGAAGAAGAAACUGUUGGCGAGGACUCAACUCCUCAAGAAAUCUCUCAACGAAAAAUCUUCAGAGCACGAAGACCGCAAAAAGCAGCUCAGGCAGCUUCAACUGAGCCUACCAGUUUUAAGCUGAAAACACAGCUAGUUUCCGAAGACCUUGAGUCGAAGCUGCUUGAAGCCAAGCCAGCACAAUUUAGUUUUCUGGAUCUUCCAGACGUUGAAGUGAGAGAAGCAUCGCCUGUUAAAGCUCCUCCACCUCCUCCACCCAAGCCAGUUGAGCCUAUUCUAAAGACUCCUACCAUUUCAGCAUUCUCAGGGAUACUUAAAGAUCUUAAAGAGAAAAAGGAAGACGAUAUAGUCAGCAGUUUUAUAAAAACCGCGUCAAGUCAGGAAGCUGCCCCACCUUCAGAAUCUCCGAAGUUCCAGGACCCCAUCAAACCAACCCAAACGAGUCAUUUUGUAUUAGUAGAAGGCAAACUUAGUGUAAAUGGAGCAUCUAGAGGAGAAGGAUUUAUCGAAAUUGCUAGAGCAGACGUAGGGGAAAAGAAAGUGAAUUUAUUGAUUUUUAGGAACUCGUUCAAGAGUAUUAUUUAUCAAGCAGCUCUAGCAGAAUCUUCCAGUUGAAAAGAAUGUGAAAAACAAGAAGAAUCGGAUGAUGAGGAAGAAAAAGAGGAAGCUAGCAUUGAAAUUGUGGUUUAUAGGAAAACAGACAAACUGAGGGCAGAAACUUGUAAAGUAAGGUGUGGAAAAUUAAGCAAGAUAAAAUUGAUGGAAGAACUGGAAAAGGUCAAGAAAGAGACUAAAUCCCCCAUCUGUGAGCGGCAAAUUAUUAAGAAGAUCCCUAAAAUAUAGACCAUAUAGCAAAAUAGUUUUUAAUAUGGAUGAUAAUUAUUAUAAUGAAAUAUCAAAAAUUUUUGCUGAAUUUCAAGCAACUUGAAUUAAAAUUAAUAAUUAAAUAAUUAAUGAAAUUUUGCGGAUUUGGAUACCAUAAAAUUAUAUAUAUAUCGUUAUUGCAGAUUUUUGAACUUUACCACCUAAGUGUGGAAUUUUUUCCGCGUGUAAAAAAAAAAGAGGAUUCCACAUGUGAAAUCAAAAGGGCUCCACACGUGAAAAACACCUUUUCAAACGCGGAAAAAAUUUCACACUUAGGUGGUAAAGUUCAAAAAUCUGCAAAAAACGAUAUAAAAUUAAAACAAAAAUUAGCUAUUAGUAAAAUUUUUUGUUGACUACAGAGAAAGGAGUAAGAAGAACACAGACAAAGAAGAAAUAAAAACCAAAGAUAAAAAACUCGAAGAGAAGGCCAAGUAA